GAAUGAGGUAUGCAAGCAUAGGUAGGCUAGCUGGCGUGAUGGAUUUCGCUGUGUAUUGUGGGAGUACGCAGUAAAUCCAAGAUGGCGGCGAGCAGAAGGCUGCACAAGGAACUUGACGAAAUUCGCAAGUCUGGAAUGAAAAAUUUCCGCAACAUCCAAGUUGAUGAAUCAAACAUUUUGACUUGGCAAGGUCUCAUUGUUCCAGACAACCCCCCAUAUGACAAAGGAGCAUUUCGGAUCGAGAUAAUAUUUCCUGCGGAAUAUCCCUUUAAACCCCCCAAAAUCACAUUCAAAACGAAGAUUUACCACCCCAACAUUGAUGAGAAGGGCCAGGUUUGCCUGCCUGUAAUAAGCCCAGAGAACUGGAAACCAGCUACCAAAACUGACCAAGUGAUCCAGUCUCUGAUCGCACUGGUCAAUGACCCCCAGCCAGAACAUCCCCUCAGAGCGGACCUGGCAGAGGAGUACUCUAAGGACCGUAAAAAAUUCUUUAAGAACGCCGAGGAGUUUACGAAGAAACAUGGCGAAAAGCGACCUAUGGACUAACAAUGCAGCUGUUACACUCCCCACUGUAUAACACCCAACCCCACCCCAAAAAAAAAAACCUCACGACACACCACCCUCUCUGUCCUCUCUCUCAGAAUACUCAGCCAUUAAGCAGCAGCACCUGGAAUCCCGCCCAUCACCUUGCCCCUUCCCCUAGAGGCCCCUCCCACCCCAAGAGGUUUCUGCCAAUCAAAGCAGGGUCACUUCUCAGCGUUAGCUUGUUUGCAGUUUCCAACUUUAAACUGAUUUCUUAAAUGAAAUAAAGAGGGGGGAAAUCAGGAGUGGAAAACCACAGGGGCACUGUUGAAGGCUGAGGUCUUGAGGAAAUGUUAAAAGGAAAAAAAAUGGGGGCAGUGGUGUUCCACGUUAAUUAGUUAUUUUGCUCAGAAUAGUGUACUGCUCUCUCUCUGUCUCUCCCUCUGUCUGUCUCUCUCUCACACAUACACGCACUGGGCAGAGUGCUUUGACUGUUUUUUGAGCAGAAUCCCACGGUGAGGUAAUGUUAGAGUUCCUUCAUUUUCUUUCACUUUCAGGACCCACCGACCUUUUGUGAAAACCGAAAUCCAGUAAUUACGUUGCAAACUCCCAUUGCCAUGGUUGAGUUGUUAAUGGGUGUUGGAAAGGUUUCUUUUAUAUUUCUUUUUAUUUUCAGAUUGCUUUUCAUUUAUGUUUUGGCCUAGGUUGCACUGUACUGUGUGGAACUGUGUUAUGUUCUCCAUAACUUCAGUUUGUAAGUCAAUGAUUAUUCAAAAAUACGCAGUGUAAUCACUGUUACUGAUACAAUGUUUAAGAUAAAAAAAAUGAGAAAGAAAGAAGAAAACACAUUUGUGGGUGUGAUCAUAUAUACUUUAAGACAUUUUAGGGUUUUUUCCCUAUGUGUCUACCCUGUUGUAUUUAUUGCUGCUCUAGUGUGGAGUCUCUAACAUCAUGCUGGCCUUUCCUCUCAGUGUAGUCAGUUAAGAGGGAACAAUUAUUUCAAUAUAAAAGAUUACAUGGAUAAAAAGGGACAGGGGCUUUCUCAUACUGCUGAAUCUUACCAUAGUCUCCUCUUAGUCUUACCAUGCCUGUUCCUGCUUAGCUUUGGUCUUUAGUCACUUAUGUACAGAUACAUUUCAAAAUCUAGGAAAUACAUUCAUCAAACACUGCCAGAGCAUUUCUUAAAACUUUGCAUAAUUUGGAGUUCAUACUAGGUCAUUUUGCCUGAUUCAUAUUAACAUUCACAUUAGUAAUAAAAUGUUCAGAUGCCAGGUUGAACAGCCCUAAAAUCGUAAAAUGUUAUGAAUGUUACAUUGAACUAGGGGGGUGAAUGAAUGAGAGUCAAGUAAGUGGGGAAAAGAAGUUAGGUUCACGGUUACAUGUCUAUUAUCAGAGAUAAUCUGCAGUAGCCUUAAUUGUAGUCCCAAAGCAGCGCACAGUAUACCACAAAAGGAUUGAGGAAUAGUAUUUAUUUCAUUAUGACCAGAUUUCCAGAUGAGUCAACAUGAAGAAAUCCUCAGCCAGCAGUCACAAAAAAAAAUGGCCUGACUUCAACUUUUCCCUACAUGUCAUCACACAACCGAAAUCUUCAUCACACUAACCCAGUAUGUGUGACCAAUACAUGACCACUAAAUUAUCCAUCCAUAUUUAAAAAGGAGGAAAUGCUCAUCUUGUUUGGCUGGGUCAAGAAUUGGAACAAGGCAAUUGUAGAAAUGAUACUGGCUCCUGAUUGGCUACCGUCACCCAUAUGCUGUACGUACAUGUCAUACGAUGAGAGGGAUAAAGGCCUUUGCAUUUUAGCCUCAAAUAACCUCAAGCGGUCUCCCCCUCUGUCUUAGCUGUCCCGUGCUCAGAAGUGCAGUGUGGUUCAUUCUAAGAUUCAAACAGCAAUAUUACCUCAAUCUGCUGGUCAGCACAGACCAAAAGCUGCCUCCUCUAGCUAAUGUGCAUUGCGUGUGACCAUGGACGUCAGCAAAAGGGAAAGAUCAAAACUCCCAGGGAACAAAAUGGUCGAAAUAAUAAAAUUACUCAUAUCAGA